AUGGGUAAAAAACCAACAAAUCUAAAGAGUGAAACAAAACAUAAUACAGAGAAUAUUAAUAGAUUCAAUUCAAUGAUAUCUAUGUUUGAAGGUGAAAAUGAAGAGAAAGAAUCAACUAUAGUGCCAACAAAUAAUAGUACAGUAAAUACAGAGCAAACAACAAAUAUAGAUUAUAGUAAAUAUAAAGAUAAAAAGAGAUUGGUAGAGGAGCAACAACAAACAGAACAAGAUAACGAAUCAAAGGUAGACAAUCAAUCAUCAAAGAAAAAGAAACUGAAAAGAUUACCACCACCUCCACCCGAUCAUGAAGAGCAACCAAGUGGUGGCGCUGCAUCAGCUGCUGCCACAGAGGAGAUCAAAAAGUUGAAGGAUGAGCUGGAGAGAUUGCGUGAGGAGUUUGAAAGUCGUGAAGCAGAGAUUAAGCUACAGGAGAAAGAGUUUAGAAAGAAACUAAAGGAUAUUAAAGAGCAAAAGAAAGAGGUACAGUCUAUCCUCGAGAGUAGUGCACCCAAGAUAUUUGCAAAGCACGCCUCCAAAUCGAUUGCCAUUCCCGCCAAUAUCCUCGAUGACAUCACCUCUGAGGAAAUGGCAACCUAUCUCGUCGAGAUGAUCUCGAGAAUGGUAGUGUUGUUUGCUGUCGACGAGAUCAUUGUCUACCAAUCGGCACUGUCUAAUUCCACCUCUGACAAACUCAUGAAACUACUGGAAUACAUUGAAACACCGAGAAAUAUCCGUUAUCAUUUGUUUGACCUCGACGAUCCCGACUACAAAUUCGUUGAUAAACUCAAAAAGAUGGAAGCAGCACAUCACAAUACAACCAAUCGUUGGACACGUUACCGUGAGGGUGUAGUCACUGACAAGGUGGAAGCUGGAACAUCGCUGAUCGACGUUGGACUCGGCCACGGAAAGGAAGCUCUGGCCGACAAGAAACUACAGCCAGGAAUCAGAGUGACACUGGAGAUGGAAGAGGACAGUAAGAGUAGAGAACAAAACAAUAGCAACAGUAAAUAUAAGAAAGGUAAAUUGGUGUCGCCACGACAGGUUAAGGAGGCAGGACACUACUGGGGCUAUACAAUCAGACAUGUCAAAUCACUGGAUUCUCUCGACGCCGAGAGUCCCUAUGGAAGUUACGAUUGUCGUGUGCUUAUCUCUCAGGAUGCAUCGGCAGCCAGCUUGGAAUCGACCAACUUUGAAAACACAGCACAAAUGAAAAACAUUGUUUUGGUAUUCGCAGAGAACAAAGACACUCGUAUGGCCGAUACCAACUACACAGUCAACACUCUCGGCUCUGAAAUUCUCUCUAGAAGACCAAGAUUCGAAGAGACACUCACAAUUUCACUCACCAAUCUAACCAACAAACUAUAUUCUUCAGUGGUCGAGGUCCAUCAUUUGUAUGACGUUACAUUUUUAGUAAAUAAAAUUAAAGAUCAAGUCCUCAACGUAAUUAGUACGAGUAAUAACAUCAUACAGUUAACUUAUAUUUAUAUAAUAAAUAAUAUUAGUUUUUUGGCAGCAACACCUUUUUUGGAAUUCCGUUGCCCAAACUCAAACAUUGAAAUCUCUAUUGCGAGACAAACAACAACAUUUUCAACAUAA